ACAGGAAGUGGAGUCUGGCUCAGUUCGGGUGCAAGGCGGCCACUGGAGGAGAGCAAGGUGCAGCGCCUGCCAGCUUUGGAGAAAGAGCCGCAAUGUUCCGGAUCGAGGGUCUCGCGCCGAAGCUGGACCCCGAGGAGAUGAAGCGGAAGAUGCGCGAGGAUGUGAUCUCCUCCAUUCGGAACUUCCUCAUCUAUGUGGCCCUGCUGCGAGUCACUCCGUAUAUCUUAAAGAAGCUGGACAGCAUAUGAGGAUGGGAGUCCCAUGGAUGCAUGGCAUGAAGAGACCUGACGACAGUUUCUCCUCCUGUCUGCAGAUGAAUUGGCCCAGAAAGCUGUAAGACUGAUGCAAUGGACAUAAAAACUCCACUUGUUAAGAACAAGUUGAGCUUUGGGAACCGACCUUCAUAGCUGAAAUAUAAAACUAUUUGAGAAGUGCACAAAAGAUGUCUUGUGUCACAGUGCGCCCUCAGGCCUGUGAUAGCCACCUCUGUGAGUGUUGAUGGAAUUGUCAAAGUGUCGAACUCUAAGGGGUUAGGUCUGAACGGCACUGUCUUGGCA